CGCCUCUCAAGAAAUUCCACCACCUGUAUCAGGAAAUUUAUUUAUUAUUUUUUUAUUCGAUUUCGGAAAGUGAUUAUAAUUUGAGAAUCGGAUAGAAAUAGAAAGUAAACUUGAUAAUUUGUUGGCGUAGCUGUUCAGUUGCGUAUUAAUUAUCUAAUAAUGAACAACAUGAGAACAACAAUGGAUAUGUGCCCAAAUGAAAAAACAAGAUUACACGACAAUGAUUCAGAUAAUGGCUGUCACCCGAAAACAACACUCGAGAAAAGACUUGUGGUGAUUAUGUUCUUCUUAGUUGUGGGAGGAGUUGGAUUAUGCAUAACACUAGCAGCUUAUUACAGAAGUGAAUAUUACAGGACUCAUAAUAAUUUACGCAACACAUGUGUCACAAAAGAAUGCAUCAAUACAGCUUCCAAUCUGUUGAAAUCAAUUGAUUUCGAACAAAAUCCAUGUGAAGAUUUUUAUUCAUUUGUUUGUGGAAACUGGAUUAAAAACUCGUUUUUAAUUGGAGAAAUGGUAGUUUCACAAUUCUCGCGCCUCAACUCUAUCAUCAUUUUACGAAUUAAAGAAUUUUUAGAAUUAGAAAAAUCUAAACUGUCCGAUCAUGAAAAGAAAAUUAAAAAAUUUUAUAAUUCUUGCUUGAAAAGAGAAACCAGAGACGAGGUUGCAAAUAAGAUUCUGCUUGAAGAUUUAAAAUACUUUGGUGGUUGGCCGUUGAUUGAAAAGAGUUGGAAUGCUUCAAAGUUUGACUGGGCUGAGUUGAUGGUGAAGCUUUACGAGAAAGGAUAUCCACACGAUAUGCUGUUUUCGAUGGGAGUUGACAUGGACAUAAAAAAUACCUCUCAGUCACUGCUUGUUGUCAGUCAACCUUCUUUAGGCUUGGAAGAACGGGGUUACUAUUUGUUAGGAAAAGAGAUCAUUAUGACUAAAUAUAUAAAACUGAUUUUACAUCUAGCAUAUUAUUUUAACCCAACAUUGAAUUUAAAGAAAGGGGCUAUUAUGGUUGAUUAUGCUGUCACUUUAGAGAAAUUUAUCGCCAAAUCUAUAGUACCCAAUAUUCACGAAAAAAAUCCAGAUGAAUUUUAUAAUAUAAUGAGUUUGAAUGAAAUUGAAGAAUUCUCUCCAAAGAUACCGUGGAGAAAACUGCUGACAAAACUAUUACCAUCAAAUGAAACUAUUAAUAACCAAACCAGACUGAUGGUGGUUAGUCCAUCUAACCUGAUGAAUCUCAACGCACUCUUAGAGGAAUUGGACAAUCCAGCUGGAAAGGAGUUUUUAGCAAAUUAUAUGAUGUACAGAACUGUCCUCUUCGCAUCUGAACAUUUGGGGAAAGACGUGUUUACAAUUGUUGAAGAUUACUUGCGUCAUUCCGCGCAUAGAGACUUAUGGCAGGUGUGUGUCGCAUCUGUGGUUGAUUUCUUUCAUAUGUCACUGACAGCUACUUAUGCAGAAAGUUAUAUGGAUAACAAGACAAAGAUUCUUCUAGAUAAACUGUUUCGAGAUAUUCAAGAAGCACUGUUGAAUGAGAUAAGAGAAGCUGAUUGGCUGGAUGACAUAACCAAGCAAAGAGCGAUGCAAAAGGUCCUCAGUGCUCGUUCUGCAAUCGCUUAUCGUGACGAAAUGUUGGACGAAACGUUGCUGAAUGAGUUUUAUAAACCUAUAAAUGUGAGUGAAAAUCAUUUUGGAAACGUCAAAGCAGCUUACUUGUUCUACGCUAAAGAGAAUUACAGAGGUCUUAGCGACGAACGAGUUAGAUUUAAAUGGACCGACACCAGCAAUCUUUUGCAAGCUAACGCAUUUUAUCAGCCAUCUCAAAAUUCUAUUAUUGUACCAAUAGGAUUGCUGUCAGAUGCUUUUUUCUCAAAAGGAAGACCCCAUUACGUGAACUACGGAAGUUUAGGCACAAUUCUUGGGCAUGAGUAUACCCAUGCGUUUGAUAGCACAGGAAGCUUGUACGAUGAGGAAGGAAACUAUAAAAUGUGGUGGACUAAACUGAGUUGGAAAAAUUUCAAAGAAAGAACAAAGUGCUAUGUUGAACAGUAUAAUCAGUAUUACGAACCGAGUGUAAAAACCCAUCUCAAUGGAUCGCUGACUUUAGGUGAAAAUAUUGCCGACAAUGGCGGUGUUCUAGCAGCUUACCAUGCUUAUACCAAACUGCUUAAAACUUUAAAACGUGAAGAGAAACUGCCAGGUUUACAAUUCACCGAAAAGCAGAUGUUCUGGAUAUCCUAUGCAUCAGCGUGGUGUCGAAAACAGUCAAAUUUUACUUUACAAUACAUUAUGGAAAAUAGUGCGCAUUCUCCUUCCAACUUUAGGGUGAUGGGAACAUUGUCAAACAUUAAAGAAUUUUCAACUGAUUUUCAUUGUGCUGAGGGAUCACCUUUAAAUCCAACCAAAAAGUGCCACUUUUGGAAAUGAAAAAUUAGUCAUUAAAUAUGUGAUUUUAUUGAUGUAAAUAUCUACAUUAUAAUAUACAUAUACACUAUUUAUAAUUA